UGUCAGUUUUUCUCAUUCGUCGCCAGCGUUCGUAACCGUGCGGAUUGCGUGUUUUUCACUCCUGCUGUUCGUCCGGCUGAGGAGGCAGCAAAAAAAAAGAGAAUUGCACCGCAAAAAGUGUGAGUGUGGCAGGAGAAUUCGUGUGACAGAAGAUAAAAACGUGGAUUAUUUGGAGCUCCUUAGCCUUUACGCUUCGAUUCUGACCGGAAAACUAUUUUGCGUCUUGCAGUUUUGAAGGGAUAGCUAGUUUUGCACAGGACGAGAAAAUGGACACCUCACUGACGGCCAAACAGAUCCGGAAUGCGUUCCUGGAUUUCUUCAAGGAGAAGGAGCAUCUAUAUGUGCAUUCCUCGUCGACGAUUCCGUUGGACGAUCCGACCUUGUUGUUCGCCAACGCCGGAAUGAAUCAGUUCAAGCCGAUUUUCCUUGGAACGGCCGAUCCGAACAGCGACAUGGCCAAAUGGGUUCGUACGGCCAAUACCCAAAAAUGUAUCCGUGCCGGAGGUAAGCACAACGAUUUGGACGACGUUGGAAAGGACGUGUAUCAUCACACAUUUUUCGAGAUGUUGGGAAACUGGUCGUUCGGAGAUUACUUCAAAAAGGAGAUCUGUACCUGGGCUUGGGAACUUUUGACCGAUAGGCUGAAGCUCCCAAAGGAUCGGCUGUAUGUAACGUACUUUGGAGGACACCCCGAAUCUGGUUUGGAACCUGAUUUGGAGUGCCGUGAAAUUUGGAUCAAGCUGGGAGUCAAGGAAGAGCACAUCCUUCCAGGAAGCAUGAAGGACAACUUCUGGGAAAUGGGAGAAACGGGUCCGUGUGGCCCUUGCUCGGAAUUGCAUUUCGAUCGCAUUGGAGGACGCAGCGUUCCUGAGUUGGUCAACAUGGAUGAUCCGGAUGUGUUGGAAAUCUGGAACUUGGUGUUCAUCCAAUUCAAUCGCGAACAGGACGGCAGUUUAAAAUUGCUCCCGAAGAAGCAUAUCGAUUGCGGUAUGGGCUUCGAACGUCUUGUAUCCGUUAUUCAGGAUAAGCGAUCGAAUUACGAUACCGACGUGUUUGUGCCAUUGUUCGAAGCCAUCCAGAAAGGAACGGGAGCUCCGAGUUAUCAGGGGCGUGUCGGUGCAGAUGACGUUGAUGGCGUAGACAUGGCAUAUCGAGUGCUUGCUGAUCAUGCUCGCACGAUCACUAUCGCUUUAGCCGACGGUGGUUUCCCGGAUAAUACCGGCCGAGGCUACGUUUUGCGACGAAUUCUCCGCCGUGCAGUUCGGUAUGCCACUGAAAAACUCAACGCCAAGCCCGGAUUCUUUGCAACGCUCGUUGACACGGUUGUCUUUUUACUGGGAGAUACUUUCCCGGAAGUGAAGAAAGAUCCUCAGAAUAUCAAAAACAUUAUCAAUGAGGAGGAACAACAAUUCUUGAAGACAUUGACCCGUGGCCGGAAUCUACUGAAUCGGACAAUUGCCAAACUUGGUGACAGCAAAGUAAUCCCCGGAGAUGUAGCCUGGCGUCUCUAUGACACGUACGGAUUCCCAAUCGAUUUAACCCAGUUGAUGGCCGAGGAAAAGAACAUGACCAUCGACAUGGAGGGCUACGAAAAGGCCAAGCACGAAUCGUACAUUCUGUCUCAGGGUAAGGAGAAAUCCAAAGCCGCCACCGUCGAUCUGGAUGUACAUGCCAUUUCCGAACUGCAGGAAAAGAAGGUCCCAACGACGGACGAUUCGUUCAAGUACCGUUACAAGGCUGAUGUCGAUCCGAUGGCAGAAUACAAGUUCGAACCGUGCAAUGGAAAGGUUUUGGCUUUGCGUGCUAACAAUAUCUUCGUCGAUGAAGUUCAAGCCGGUCAAGAGUGCGCUGUGAUUUUGGACAAGACGAACUUCUACGCCGAAAGUGGCGGACAGAUCUACGAUCAAGGCUAUCUGGUUAAGGUGGGCGAUGAAAGCACUGAAUUCAACGUCAAUCUCGUAUACAACCGUGGAGGCUACAUCAUCCAUAUCGGUGUGGUGGAAGGAAUUCUGCGCGUCGGUGACGAGGUCGCUUGCCACAUGGACACGCUUCGUCGUCAACUGACAAUGAAAAAUCACUCAGCCACCCAUGCUCUUAACCAUUCCCUACUUAAAGUCCUUGGACUAGAUACCGACCAGCGUGGUUCUUUGGUCGUUCCGGAAAAGCUUCGUUUCGAUUUCACCAACAAAUCCGCCAUGACCGUUGAGCAGGUCGCCGAAUCAGAACGCCUCACCCGCGAAGUGGUCAAGAAGAAUAUGCAGAUCUAUGCCAAGGAGUCCAAACUCUCCGUUGCCAAGAGCAUCAAGGGUUUGCGAUCGGUCUUCGAUGAGGUCUAUCCCGAUCCAGUCCGUGUGAUUUCCUUCGGAGUCCCUGUGGAAAACCUCGAAGCUAACCCAGAAGGCGAGGAAGGAGUGGAGACUUCAGUUGAAUUUUGCGGUGGCACCCAUUUGCAUCAAUCCGGUCACAUGUGGGACUUUGUCAUCACGACCGAAGAAGCCAUCGCCAAGGGAAUCCGUCGAAUUGUUGCCCUAACUGGCCCGGAAGCUCUGAAGGCACUCAAGAAAACAGAACUGCUCGAAAAUGAACUCAACGCUCUGAAGUCCACCAUCGAAGCCGAUAAAACCGGAAAAGACUCCAAGGAACUCGUUAAGAAGAUCGUCGAACUCAAUGAAGAUGUUUCGCAAGCUGUCAUUCCCUAUGUUAAGAAGGAUGAAAUCCGUAACGUCCUCAAAUCGCUGAAGAAAACUCUUGACGACAAAGAACGUGCAGCAAGAGCUGCCGUUUCCACGACAGUUGUAGAGAAAGCCAAGGAGCUAUCGGAAAGCAACAAGGAUGCUCCUUUCCUCGUUCACCGAAUGGAGGCCUACAACAACACCAAGGCUCUGGACUCUGCACUCAAAGAGGUUCGCAAAAUCAAUCCGGAACAGUCCGCUUUGUUCGUUUCGUCCGAUCCUGAUACGAAAAAGAUCUUCUGUUUAGCUUCGGUUCCGAAGUCGGCCGUCGAAAAGGGACUGAAAGCCAACGAAUGGAUUUCGCACAUUUCACCGAGCAUGGGCGGCAAAGGCGGUGGCAAGCCGGAAUCUGCUCAAGCUUCCGGAGCCAACUUCGACAAAGUGGAAGAAAUUCUGGAAUUGGCACGCCAAUUCGCUGCUUCCAAACUGUCUUGAAACGUGACACCGAAUAAACUCUUACCGGCAGUGCAUUUGAUUGAAUCAGCUUCAAUGUUGAAAUAAGUUUAAAACGAAUCGAAAACAUUUUGCUUAAAUUAUACAUUUUUCACACUUGAAACAGUAGACACAGAACCGAAUUUGAUUUUUCAAAUAAACUCUGAAAAAAUA